GCCCCAUUAUCUAUCUUUUCCACCAAAAACCCUCGCAAUUUUAUUUUAUCAAUCUCAGAAUUACACAUACAUACAUUACCGACCCAAUUUCGUUACCAUUAUCCCCAUCCUCCCUCUCUCUCUCUCUCUCUCUCUCUCUGUCUCUCUCCUCUUCCCCAACAUAUUUUAUUUAUUGACCCUUUAUGCAACUAGUUUUGCAGAACAACGCCUCUCUGAUCGUGAUUCUUUCCUCUUCUUCACCCUCCACCAAAGAUCCUAUCCUUUUGGUUGCGGUAGAGAGAAACGACAAAAGGGUAAUUGGUUCUUCACUUGUAAUUUCAAUUCAAGCAUUAUUGCGAUGAAGCGUCCACUUCCCUCGGCAAGCGGCGAGGAUAGGAAGAUGAAAAAGGUGAAGGCGGUAGAAAGCGACGAAGAGGGCGAUGAUGGGAAGACUCAUGGCGUUUCGUAUUUCGAUGACAAUCUGCUGUUCGAGGUGUUGAAGCACGUGGAUGCGAGGACGCUAGCUAUGGCGGGUUGCGUGAACAAGCAGUGGCACAAGACUGCACAUGACGAGAGACUUUGGGAGCUGAUCUGCACGAAGCAGUGGGCUAACACUGGGUGUGGAGAGCAACAGCUACGAUCCGUGGUCCUUGCCCUUGGUGGGUUCCGUCGUCUCCACUCGCUUUAUCUCUUACCUCUUUCGAGGCCUCAAACAUGUUCCUCGUCCUCGUCUUCUUCUUCUUCUUCUUCUUGGGGUCCCAUCCCGCAGGUUAUUCGGUCGAAGCCGCUACCUCGUUUGGGGAAAGACGAGGUUCAUCUCUCCCUGUCACUCCUCUCUAUUCGCUACUAUGAGAAGAUGAAUUUCAAUAACACGAGCAGAUGAAUGAAAUGUUCUAAAAUCUAAUUGUGCUUCCGUUUUGUCUUUCUCUCUUCCACAACAUGAUUUCGGCUUUGGAAUUCUUCUUUUUCGUUUUUAUUUUGUGCAAUUUUUGGAUUUCAGUUAUCAGAUCUGCUUUUUAUUUAGGGCAAUUAGGCUAAGCUGUUUUUGUAAAUUGUGAUGAAAGGAAUUGCUUAAGGGAUCUGUUGUAUGUACUUUGAUAAAUAUAUAUAUUGGGAUCGAAUUAUGAUACCUUUAUCUUGAGAUUUAA